CGCUGCAUAAAAGCGGAGGGGCUGCCGGGGGCACUCGCGGCUGCGCGGGGACCGGAGGUGUGGGAGAACGACUCUGCGUUUCUGCCUCAACUAGUCAGCGAUACGUCGUCAAGUUAAAAGGAAGGUGUAUUGGAGGUUGCACUGAUAGAGGAAGAAGAUGGUUAAUUCUACAGGAAAAAUCACUGACCCAGACCCUGGUUUGAUACUGAAUGGACUUGCCGAUAAGGCAGAGAAAAAUCCAGACAUGAAGGACUCUAAUAUUCCCUGUGGUGCUGAUCUGCUGGAGCCCGAGAACAGCCUGUGUAACCACUAUGAGGAGAAGGUGCGCCCCUGCAUCGACCUCAUCGACUCCCUGCGGGCCCUGGGCGUGGAACAGGACCUGGCCCUGCCCGCCAUCGCCGUCAUCGGGGACCAGAGCUCGGGCAAGAGCUCCGUGCUGGAGGCUCUGUCGGGGGUCGCUCUCCCCAGAGGCAGCGGGAUUGUUACAAGAUGUCCUCUGGUGCUGAAACUGAAGAAGGUCAUGAACCAGGACGAGUGGAGGGGCAAAGUGAGUUACCAGGACUUCGAGAAGGAGAUUUCCGACCCGUCAGAGGUGGAAGAAGAAAUCAAUAAAGCCCAGAAUGCCAUUGCUGGGGAAGGACAGGGGAUCAGUCAUGAGCUCAUCAACCUGGAGGUCAGCUCCUCUCACGUCCCGGAUCUGACCCUGAUAGACCUCCCUGGCAUCACCAGGGUGGCCGUGGGUAAUCAGCCGGCCGACAUCGGACGCCAGACCAAGCAGCUCAUCAGGAAGUACAUCCUCAGGCAGGAGACAAUCAACUUGGUGGUGGUCCCCUGCAACGUGGACAUCGCCACCACAGAGGCGCUGAGCAUGGCUCAGGAGGUGGACCCCGACGGAGACAGGACCAUAGGAAUCUUGACAAAGCCUGACCUGGUGGACAGAGGCACCGAAAGCAAGGUGGUGGACGUGGCACAGAACCUUGUCUGUCACCUGAAGAAAGGCUACAUGAUUGUCAAGUGCCGGGGCCAGCAGGACAUCCAGGACCAGGUGACCCUGGCCGAGGCUCUGCAGAAAGAGAGAGACUUCUUCGAAGAGCACCCACAUUUCAGGGUUCUUCUGGAGGAAGGAAGAGCCACAGUCCCCUGCCUGGCGGACAAGCUGACCUCUGAGCUCAUCAUGCACAUCUGUAAAACUCUGCCCCUGCUUGAAAAUCAGAUAAAGGAAAAUCAUGAGAAAAUAACGGAGGAGUUACAAAAGUACGGCUCAGAUGUGCCCGAAGACGAGCACGAAAAGAUGUUUUUUCUGAUAGACAAAAUUAAUGCCUUUAGCCACGACAUCAACUCCUUAAUCGAAGGGGAGGAGUCAGUGGGGGAGAAUGAGAGUCGACUCUUUACCAAAAUCCGGAACGAGUUCCACAAAUGGAACACUGUGAUUGAGAAGGCGUUCCAGAAAGGUUACAAAGCUAUAUAUAAACAAAUAGAGAAAUUUGAAAAUCGGUAUCGCGGCAGAGAGCUGCCAGGGUUUGUCAAUUACAAGACGUUUGAGAUUAUCAUAAAACAGCAAAUCAAAGAACUGGAGGAGCCUGCUGUGGAUAUGCUACACACGGUGACGGAUAUGGUCCAGGCCGCCUUCACGCAUAUUUCAAAAGCAAACUUUGAUGAAUUUUUCAACCUCUACCGAACUACCAAGUCCAAAAUUGAGGACAUUAAAUUUGAGCUAGAAGAGGAAGCUGAGAAGUCCAUCCGCCUUCACUUCCAAAUGGAGCAGAUCGUCUACUGCCAGGACCAAGUGUACCAGCGGGCGCUGCAGAGGGUCCGAGACAAGGAGUCGGAAGAGGGAAAGAAGAACCAGAAGACAAAAAGCAUGAUGACCACCGAAGAAUUUUCUCUAGUAAACAUCUCCUUGUCUGAGAUCUUUGAGCAUCUGAUGGCGUACCAUCAGGAGGCCACCACGCGCAUCUCCAGCCACAUCCCCCUGAUCAUCCAGUACUUCAUCCUGCAAGUGUACGGGCAGAAGCUGCAGAAGGCCAUGCUGCAGCUGCUCCAGGACAAGGACACCUACAACUGGCUCCUUAAGGAGCGCAGUGACACCAGCGACAAGAGGAAGUUCCUGAAGGAGCGGCUGGCACGGCUGGGCCAGGCUCGGCGCCGCCUGGCCAAGUUCCCCGGUUAAGGCGGCUCCCGGACCCGCCCACGUCUCCAGGGCACCUCUGCCGGGAGCGGGACCCGCGCUCUCCCCGGAACCCGUGCCACAGAUCCGCGAGUAGGCAGCGGCCGGUCUUCCCAGCCACUCUCCGUGCUUGUCCCUGCGCGGGCAGAGAGCUUGGAAGAGGACGUAGGUCGUGAUUUGGCCUGGGGGACCGCUGCCGCCACCGCUGCCUUCCCGCUUAGGAAUAAUGUAUUUCCACCCUCGGGAUUGUUCCCCCGAACCUCUGAGUCUCCCGUGGGGACCAGUGCAUGCGAAGCAGCAUCGUAGAAAGCUUAGUUCCUGCUUUGUGCUCCUUGCUUUCAUGCCGCUGAUGUUUCGGGAGCAUCUGGGGAGCUUGGGACAGGUACUCUCAGACCCUGUAUCUCACUGAUUUGUAAUAAACUGGUUUCUUCCAGA